AUCCAAGAUGUCUGUACACCGAGGGCCAAAAAAUAAUACUGAUUGCAUUGAACGAAAUUUUAUUUUAUUUUAAAAUUUAAAAACAAAUAAUUCUUCACCAUGAAUGAAUUUAGAUACUAUUUUUUAUUUUUCAAACGCUAUUUAAUCGAAAACUAAACUUUUUUUAAAAAGUCAAAUGACGUCAUGUGUCAUCUGCACUGAUGAAAUAGGUUGAACAAAAUUUAAAAUUAUUUUUUCGUCUGUACUAUUUUUUGUGGCAUAAAAUACAAUUAGGUUUAUUGUCAUAUAUUAUUUACAUAUUUUCUAAAAUUCUCAAACCUAAAAUAAAGGAUACAUCAUGUUCCUACACAUUUGACAGUUGUGACAAUGACAUUUACAUUCACUCUGACAGCAACUAGUAAAUACCGUGGAGUGCAUAAAGUUUCAUAUUUCCCAAUUUGAUUAUUGGGUUUUGAGUCUUCAUAUUCUUCGAAACAAUUUUCAGUAAAGGAAACGCUCUGUUUUCAAAAACUGACAUUGUUUUUCCUGUCGAGUCGGAGGAAGCGAAAGAAAUAAAGGUGAUUGACCCGAAUCUCUCGCGUCCGCUUGAAAAUGAACCCCAACAUCAACUGGGAGGCGGAGCAUCACCAGACGCUUCUCCAAAGUCGAGGAGCCCUGGAAAGAUCGAAUCAGUCGGUUGCCAGAUCCCAGGCAGUAGCUUACGAAACUGAACAAAUUGGGACUGAGGUUAUUGCGGAAUUAGGUGGACAGCGAGAUUCGCUUCUUCGUGCAAAAGAACGACUCUCUCAAACAGAUCAAGGCCUCGACAGGACUCAGAAAAUCAUGCGCACCAUGAAAAGGAGAGUUUUGACGAACAAAUUUGUUCUCAUUUUAAUCAUACUCUUAGAAAUCUCAAUACUUGUACUCAUAAUCUACAUGAAGUUUUUCCGAAAAUAAACUUUUGAAUAAACGUUUUUUUCUGCA